UCUUGUCUCACUUAAAAUAGAAGAAACGACAAGACUCUGAGAGGAAAAUAUGAGGUUGGUAAUCCUCUUUCCAUUUCUAUUCUCGCUAGUAAAUUGCUGCCAAGAUUUCUGGGACCAAUGGGAAAACUUCUCUUGUAAUCCGCCGAUAUACAAAUGUGGCAGAAUUGGAAAAUUUCACUUUAUAAAUGGUACAGAAACAAUAUAUGUUUCGAAAAACACGUUAAAUAAUUCUUGUAUAUCGACUGCCGACAGGUGUCAUUUAUCAGAUUCGUUUGCAAAAAUCGGCAAUAACUCCUUAUCUGUCACUUGCAGUGAGGAAGAAACCAUCGACCUUCGAUUGAUGCGUUGUUUAAAUGUAAAACACGUUAAAAAUUUAAAAUUUACUGAUUGUUACUUGGCGAAAUUUGUAGUCGAAAAAUUCGCUUCGAAUUAUGCCAUCGAAAAAAUCGUCAUAAAACACACCUUAAAAUCCAAAGACGAAAGGUUUAAACUCGUAAAUGGAACGUUGAUACUCGAAAGUGAAACGUUGAAUUUCGAAAGUGCAUCAUUUAUAAACAUGUCGUCUCUGAAAUAUUUAGAAAUUAAAGGCGUAAGAACUUUCGACAUAUUCAAUUUGACUUUUGACGGAGAUUCUUCUCUGAUUUCUUUGAAAAUCACGAAUUAUAAUUUUAUGCAUUUUCCACAUAGACCAUUCCAACAAUUGAAAGUUCUUUCUGAAUUACAAGUGAACGAUGGUAAAUUAAAGACUUUGCCAGAAGAACUGUUUCAUGGUCUUUAUAAUCUGAAAACCCUGGAUUUAAGUAACAACUUAAUUGAAACCGUUCAUUCUUUAGUCUUUCGAAAUCUUACUUCAUUGGAACAGUUAAAUUUGAAACAAAACCCAAUAAAAAGUUUUCCUGAAGACUUGUUGAAAGGUCUUUCGAAUUUACGGAUACUUUCUAUUUCUGGAACAUUCUCUGAAUUGCGCUCUGUACUUUUGAAGGGACUCGACAAUCUGACAGAGUUUCGCGCUUAUAAUUUUACUUUUCUUUUAAUCAAAGAAGAUUUUUUUUCCCAUUCCAUUAACUUAAGAAAGAUUAUUUUCACUUCCAACAAACGUUUGCAUCUUCCAUCCAAUCUUCUCAAAAAUAAUAAAAAUCUGGAAGUUUUUCAUUGCGAGAAGAAUAAAUUAUCGACACUACGGAAUGGAAUUUUCGACGGACCUUCCAACUUGAAAAAAAUCAGUAUGAAGGAAAAUGCUCUUGGAAAUAUUCCAGAAAAUUCUUUUCAACAUUUGUUUAAUCUGGAAGAAUUAGAUUUAUCAUAUAAUCGCCUGACAUUUUUACCUAAAAACAUCUUUCUUUCAACGAAUAAUUUACGAAUUAUCCGUCUUUCUGGAAACAAUUUCAGAAAAAUUUCUUUCGACUUCAACAAUAAACUCGAAGAACUAUAUUUGCGUGAAGCGGGUUUGACGGAAUGGCCGAAUUUAAAUUGGACAAAAUACAAUUUGACUUAUGUUGAUUUUACAUGGAAUAUUUUCGAAACUGUCAAAUUGCCGAUUUACACUCCGAACCGCGUUAAGAUGGAUUUGGAUUUCUGUCGCAUAAAAACUAUUUACAUCGAUGAGUGGAAAUACGGAUUCAACAAACCCAAUUACCAAUUAAGUCGAAACCCAAUAACUUGUGAUGGAGAACUUUUGCAUUUCAUCAGCACUGUUCAAUCGAAUUUAGAAAUUUCAUUACAAAUUUUUCCGGAUUUAAAAUACCAGAAUUGUCACGGAGAAGAAAGAAAAUUGCUGAAUUUUACGCAAUUCUUCUCCAUUAGAAGCCAUUGUCCGCUAAACUGCGAAUGCUUCUCGAAAAACGACGAGCUUAGAGUCGAUUGUAAUGGAAAGGGAAUAAAGAAAAUACCUGAAUUUCUGAUCGAAGAUGCGACAGUCGUCGACUUGAGUAAUAAUUACAUAAAUGAAUUCUUGACAGUGGAUUCUCGGACGUGGAGCAAAGUCACUCGUCUGCACCUGAGUAACAAUUCUCUAUUGCAUUUUCCGAAUUAUGUUAUUUUGCCGAACAUCAAAUUUCUUUGGUUAGAUGGAAACCGAUUAACCGAAUUGCCUUCCGGAUUAAUGAAUCUGAUCGACGUUUCUGCUGAAUUCACGGUGUACUUAUCGAGAAACAAUUGGACUUGUGAUUGCUAUUCGCUAUUCACUAAAGACUGGUUGCUUCGAAACAAAAGGAAAAUCGCAGAUUUCUCGGAAAUUUCAUGCGAAAGAUAUUGGUCCGUUUUCUCUUUCACCAGAAUUAUUUCUAAUGAUGAAUGCAUGCAAAUCCCAGAAGAUUAUUUCAUGUCGACAGAGAUUGUUUCUUCUACAAAAGACGUGUGUUCUGACAAAGUUAAUUCUACUUUUGGGUGGAAAAUCGCAGUUGGUUUUCUAAGUUCGCUAAUCUUAUUAGGUUUACUUAUUGUUGUUUCCUUCGUUUAUUGUCGUAAAAAAGGAAAUGCCAAAAAAGUAUCAAUGCCAAGAGAUGAAGAAAUGGUUUAUUACAACGUUUACAACUGACAAUUUCUGUAAUUACGGCAAU